GAUUGCAAUGUUGGAGGUCCGUCAUGCACGCGAUUUUGCACGUGAGGCCAUUUCUUACAUCAGGGUAUAAAAGAAGUGAGCGACAUAAUCAAAACCAUUCGACGCCCGAUUUCUUGAGAGCAGACACGACUGGUCGUAAAUACUUUACAAUAUAAAGAAUCAAGAUGGCAAAGUUCAUAUGUAUUCUUCUUCUGCUGAUGGUCUGCAUCAUACACGCUUCUCUUGCUGGCGGUGAUCGGAAACAAUGGAAAAUAGGCACCAGAUGGGUGAAGUCAGGAUUGAAGAAACUUGGAGUCAAGUCACGUUGGGGCUCUGAAGGCGGUGAGUCUCGCCCGUGGGCCGGUAACAAGAAAUGGAAGGGUAAAGAGUCUGAAGAAGGUCAAGAUUACAGCAAGAUGCGUGAUGAAGAUAUGUCCGAUAUGAUGAUGAUGCGUAUGAAGAAAAUGUUCAAACCACUCAGAGAUUUAUUUGUAAAGGUACUUGACCUUGGUCCCAAGAAGACGGUYGCAGGAAGAGCAGCUUUCUGCAGUGAUAACGAAUGCCCAUCAUUCAAGGUUUUGAAUAAAAGUGAACAUCAUGAUUAUGAAGUGAGGAUGUAUGAGCCAUCUCACUGGGUCAGCACCAACAUGCAAGCCAAAAAGAUGACUAAACAGAUCAGUACGUCUUGUUUUUGGCGUCUCUUCAAUUACAUUCAAGGCAACAACGAGAUCAAACAGAARAUCAAGAUGACAGUUCCAGUAACAACAGUAUUCAAGAAAAACCCAACAACAGAAAAGAUCAACAUGACCAUGUCAUUCUACCUACCACCCUUCAUCACCAACCCUCCCUCCCCUAACGACCAGAACGUAUGGGUCAAAAGAAAAGGAAGUUUCAAGGUUUACGUUCAUAGUUUUGACGGAUACGCGAUGAGCCAGAAAACAUGGGAAAAGCACGCUAAAAUGCUGCAAAAACUGCUUGACCAAGAUGGAUUAUCUGGYACGUAUUACAGAUAUGACGAGAUGUACGUCACUGCUGGUUAUGAUGAUCCCAUGAAACUAUUCAACAGACACAACGAGGUUUGGCUUGUUGCCAAAGACCAAGAGGCCUAAAGCUUGUAUGGUCUGCACGGAACAUUUUGCAUGUUGAUAACAUGUUAGUUGUGUGCUUUUGAAUAUUUGAAUGUUUAUAUGAACCUUUUUCUCCAAGCUUUGGGCUUUUAUAUAAAUAAAAUUAUUGUUAUCAA